AUGGCUGUCGCUCAAUGGAACAAAAGAUUCGACACCAUACUAAUGGAUUUCGGUGGAUACUCUGUUCAUAGGCCCAGUCCACGGCGACGUCGCUGGCAAAAUAUGCCCAUCAUACCCCCAUAUAAACCGGAAACGACAGGGCCUGUGCCCGGGUACAGUCCACGACAACUAAACAACGAAUGUCCAAAGACCGGUGCAGCACAGGCGCUGCCGAAGGUUUCAAACACCAAAGUCCCAGACGAGGUUGUAUCUCAGGUACAGACCAAGGUGGACAAGCAGGAAACUCAAAUAAUACAACUACAACAAGAGUAA